AUGUUUGUAAUAACUAAAAGUCAAUUAUUAGAUAAUAACACAUUAGAAUAUGCUAAUACAACAGCUGCGUCAAGACGUACACAUCAGAUAACAACGAUUCUUGAUGGACUUUUAAAAGAUUAUGAUUUAAAUAUUCGACCCAAUUUUGGGGAAGGUCCAACAAAAAUCGGGUUUGAUGUAUUAGUUAGUUCAUUUGGACCUAUUCAAGAUAUGGAUAUGUCAUUUACAAUGAAUUGUUAUUUUCGUCAACGGUGGCGUGAUGAACGUCUUCAAUUUGCUAAAGAAGUUGGUGAACUUUCGUUAUCUACACGUAUGCUUGAAAGAUUAUGGAGGCCAGAUACAAUUUUUUAUAAUUCCAAACAUUCCUAUUUACAUACAAUACCAACAAGUAAUCGAUUAUGGCGACUUUCUCCUGAUGGUUCAAUAUGGUAUUCAGCAAGAUUAACAGUAAAAGCAAGAUGUAAUAUGAAUUUAAGAAAUUUUCCUGUUGAUACACAAAUAUGUAAAUUUCUUAUUGGAAGUUUUGCAAAUUCAGCAUUGGAUAUACAAUAUGGUUGGCGUUUAGGAAAUAAUAGAAGUGUUAAUUUUGAUAUGAAAGUUUUAUUAUCACAAUUUGAUCUUAUUAGAUAUCCACAAUAUAAUGAAAUUAUUGAUAUGAAUGGACGUAUGUAUACUAAACUUUAUAAUAUAAAAUCUAUAGAAUUAUUUCCAGGUAAUUUUUCCAUACUUCGCGUUGAUUUUGUUCUUAAACGACAUAUGGGUUAUUAUAUUUUACAAGUAUAUAUUCCAAGUACAAUGCUAGUUAUGUUAUCAUGGGUAUCAUUUUUUAUUCAUCGUGAAGCAACAGCUGAUCGUGUAAAUAUUGGUGUAAUGACUUUUCUUAGUUUAACAACAUUAAGUUUUGAUAUACGAAAUUAUACAGCUGUUGUAUCCUAUUUAACAGCACUUGAUUGGUUUGUUAUUAUGGCAUAUGGAUUUUUACUUGCAUCAUUACUUCAAUUUGCUUUCGUACAUUAUUUUACUAAGUUUGGUUAUGGUGAACCAUUACUUCGUUAUCGAGGUUCGACGGAUAGUCGUGAAGUACCUGAGGGGGGUAGUAUGCGUAUAAAAAGAACUUCUAAAACACGUACAUCUGUAUCCUAUUCACGUUUUCUAAAUAUGAAUCAACAAACGACUCAAAUACAAGAUGGACCAUGGUUAACACGUGUUCAAUUACAUAUCUAUAGAUUUUGGUUUUGUUUAUCAGGCAAUGGCGCAUAUAAACGUGCAAUAUGUAAACGUGCAUCUCGUUAUGGUAUAAAUAGUCGUAGUGAAUUAGAUGUAUUUGCUCGCAUUGCAUUUCCACUUAGUUUUGCGCUUUUUAAUAUUUUGUAUUGGUUUUAUUUUCUUCAUUUACAGUAUUAA